AGGCAGACCUUCAUUCAGUAGCCAGCAUAUGAUUCAGCAGAGCUUUGUAUAAAAGUAUAAAGUUCAAAAACAACCCCAAAAAAGCUCGGGAAGUAGUGGAUUGUUUUUACCCCUCCUGGAAUCACCACUGACAGUAUCCAUGAAGUUCUGACAGAAGAACACGCCAGGAUGACAAAGUAGUGUCUUUUAAAGAGCAGCCAACAACAAGCACAUAGGGAAUCUUUCAACAAAUACAGAAUCCAUCUGAGAAUAUGCUGCCACAAAUCCUGUUUUUGCUGCUAGUAUCCUUGAACUUGGUUCAUGGAGUGUUUUAUGCUGAACGAUAUCAAACACCCACCGGCAUAAAAGGCCCACAACCCAACACCAAGACACAGUUCUUCAUUCCCUACACCAUAAAGAGUAAAGGUAUAGCAGUAAGAGGAGAGCAAGGUGUUCCUGGUCCACCAGGACCCGCUGGACCUCGAGGGCACCCAGGUCCUUCCGGACCACCAGGAAAACCAGGCUAUGGAAGUCCUGGACUCCAAGGAGAGCCAGGGUUGCCAGGACCACCGGGAUCAUCAGCUGUAGGGAAGCCAGGUGUGCCAGGACUCCCAGGAAAACCAGGAGAGAGAGGACCAUAUGGACCAAAAGGAGAUAUUGGACCAGCUGGCCUACCAGGACCACGGGGCCCACCAGGGCCACCUGGAAUCCCUGGACCAGCUGGUAUUUCUGUGUCAGGAAAACCUGGACAACAAGGACCCGCAGGAGCCCCAGGACCCAGGGGCUUUCCUGGAGAAAAGGGUGCACCAGGAGUCCCUGGUAUGAAUGGACAGAAAGGGGAAAUGGGAUACGGUGCUCCUGGCCGUCCAGGUGAGAGGGGUCUUCCAGGUCCUCAGGGUCCCAUGGGACCACCUGGCCCUCCUGGAGUGGGAAAGAGAGGCGAAAAUGGGGUUCCAGGACAGCCAGGCAUCAAAGGUGAUAAAGGUUUUCCAGGAGAAAUGGGACCAAGUGGCCCACCAGGUCCCCAAGGCCCUCCUGGGGAACGAGGGCCAGAAGGCAUUGGAAAGCCAGGAGCUGCUGGAGCCCUGGGCCAGCCAGGGAUUCCAGGAACAAAAGGUCUCCCUGGGGCUCCAGGAAGAACUGGGCCCCCAGGGCCUCCUGGCUUUGGGAAACCGGGCUUGCCAGGUCUGAAGGGACAAAGAGGACCUGCUGGCCUUCCUGGGGGUCCAGGUGCCAAAGGGGAACAAGGGCCAGCAGGUCUUCCUGGGAAGCCAGGUCUGACUGGACCCCCUGGGAAUAUGGGACCCCAAGGACCAAAAGGCAUCCCAGGCAACCAUGGUCUCCCAGGUCCUAAAGGUGACACAGGGCCAGCUGGGCCUGCAGGAUACCCUGGGGCUAAGGGUGAAAGGGGCUCCCCUGGGUCAGAAGGAAAACCAGGGUAUCCAGGAGAACCAGGUCUCAGUGGUCCUAAGGGUAACCCAGGGCUACCAGGCCCAAAAGGUGAUCCCGGAGUUGGAGGCCCUCCUGGUCUCCCAGGCCCUGUGGGUCCAGGAGGAGCUAAAGGAAUGCCAGGACACAGUGGAGAGGCUGGUCCAAGAGGUGCCCCUGGAAUACCAGGUACUAGAGGCCCUAUUGGGCCACCAGGCAUUCCAGGUUUCCCUGGUUCUAAAGGGGAUCCAGGAAAUCCUGGUCCUCCUGGCCCAGCUGGCAUAGCAACUAAGGGCCUCAAUGGACCCACUGGGCCACCGGGGCCUCCAGGUCCAAGAGGACACUCUGGAGAGCCUGGCCUUCCAGGGCCCCCUGGCCCUCCUGGCCCACCAGGUCAAGCAGUCAUGCCUGAAGGUUUUAUAAAGGCAGGCCAAAGGCCCAGUCUUUCUGGGAUGCCACUUGUUAGUGCCAACCAGGGAGUAACAGGAAUGCCUGUGUCUGCUUUUACUGUUAUUCUCUCCAAAGCUUACCCAGCAAUAGGAACUCCCAUUCCAUUUGAUAAGAUUUUGUAUAACAGGCAACAGCAUUAUGACCCAAGGACUGGAAUUUUUACUUGUAGGAUACCAGGAAUAUACUAUUUUUCCUACCACGUGCACGUGAAAGGGACUCAUGUUUGGGUAGGCCUGUAUAAGAAUGGCACCCCUGUAAUGUACACCUAUGAUGAAUAUAUCAAAGGCUACCUGGAUCAGGCUUCAGGGAGUGCCAUCAUUGAUCUCACAGAAAAUGACCAGGUGUGGCUCCAGCUGCCCAAUGCCGAGUCAAAUGGCCUAUACUCCUCUGAGUACGUCCACUCCUCUUUCUCAGGAUUCCUAGUGGCUCCAAUGUGAGUACACCCCACAGAGCUAAUCUAAAUCUUCUGCUUGAAAAGGCAUUCUCCAACUCUACCCCACCCUACAAAAUGCAUAUGGAGGUAGGCUGAAAAGAAUAUAAUUUUUAUUUUCUGAAAUACGGAUUUGAGUUAUCAGACCAACAAACCUUCCCCGUGAAAAGUGAGCAGCAAUGUAAAAACACAUGUGAAGACCCUCUUGAAUUUCUAGUCAGCAAUCCUAAGCCUCUUUCAAGUUUUCUGUGAACUCCUCCAAUAUUUAAAAAUAUCACCAAAGAAGUCCUGCUAUGUUAAAAAAAAAAAAUCUAAAGAAAAAAAAAGAAAUACAGCUCUAAGUUAUGUGAAGUUUGAUUUGAGAAACUCAACAUUCCCUUUUUUAAAAAACCUGUUUCUAACUACUAAUAUGAGAACUUCUUAGGAAACAUUCAGGAGGUAUCAUAUAACUUUGUAGAACUUAAAUACUUGAAUAUUCACAUUUAAAAGACACUGUAUCCCCUAAAAUAUUUCUGAAGGUGCCAUACUCUGAGGCCUGUAUGGCCCCUUUCAUCAAUAUCUAUAAAAUAUACAGGAGCAUGUAUACUUUUAAAGCUCUUAUAUUAAAAAACCCCAAAAUAUUAUAUUGAAGUUCAUCUGAAAUGCAAGGUGCUUUCGUCAAUGAACCUUUUCAAGCUUUUCUGUGACUGCAGAGAAGCUUUUUAUAUACCCAGCAUAAAUUGGAAACAGGUAUCUGACCUAUUCCUAUUUAUUUAACAAAAAUGUGAUUAAUCUGACUUCUUUAAUUCCUUAUUGGAGCUUAUGUGAUGCGAUUUUCUGGAUUUACAGAACGUUAGCACGUGUACCUUGUGCCUCCCAUUCAAGUGAAAUUAUAAUUAACAUUGAGGGUUUCAAAGAAUUGACUAGAAGUGGAGAUACAUUAUUUAUUUAUGCUCUGUACUGUAUUUUUAUAUUGCUGUUUAAAACUUUUAAGCUGUGCCUCACUUAUUAAAGCACAAAAUGUUUGACCUACUCCUAUUUACAAUACAAUAAAAUAACAUCAAUAGACUUUUAUGCUGAAUUAAUUUGAAAGCAGCAAUUUGCUGUUCUCAACCAUUCUUUUAAGGCUUUUCAUUUUUUAAAGCUAAUAAAAAAGUGGAACAAUAAAGUGGUGGGUGGCUUUU